AUGAGCAGCGCACCACAAGCGCACAAGCCGGGCACCGACGCCGCCGCCAUGACCGCCCAGCAGCAGCAGCAAGCAACAGCACAAGCCCAGCAGCAGGCAGCGGCGGCCGCGCAGCUCCAGGCGCAGCAGCGCUCGUCGCUCACGACGGGCCUGCGGUAUCCGUCCAACCGCAAGACCAUCUACGACCGCAAUUUGGGGCGCAGCAAGAACGCCGAGCUGAGCCGCGCGGCUUUUGCCUAUUUGUUUGUCGAGAUGAUUGCGUAUGCGCAGAGGAGGGUUACGGGGAUUGCCGACCUGGAGAAACGACUAAACACCCAAGGCUACCCCCUCGGGCUGAAGCUACUCGACCUCCUCUCGACGCGCUCGCCCUCCAGCGCCCUCGCGACGCUGCCCAACCCCACACGGCCGACGCGCAUCCUACCCCUCCUGCAAUUCAUCACGACGACGCUCUGGAAGCACCUAUUCAACCGGCCGGCAGACGCGCUCGAGAAGUCCACCGCCAGCGACACAGACUACAUGAUCACGGACAACGCGCCGCUGGUGGUCGAGUACGUCAGCACACCGCGCGAGAUGGCGUCGCUGAACGUGGCGGCGUUUGUGGCGGGCGUGGUCGAGGGCGUGUGCGAUGGCGCGGGCUUCAGCACCAAGGGCGUGACGGCGCAUUGGGCGGACGACAGCCAGGGCGCGGCGGCGCAGGCGGCGGCGGUCGCUGCGGCCGGAGGCGUGCAGGGCCCUGAGGCCCCCAGGGAGAUGUGGCCGUGCAAGACGAUUUUCUUGAUCAAGUUCGAUGAGAGGGUCAUUGAGAGGGAGAAUAUCCUGGAUAGUGGGAGGUGA